GGAGGUGGCCCCCGGGUUCCCCACACAGUCACACUCCGCGCACUCACACACUUGGAAGCGCCUCCCCACGUCCCUCCCCUGCCCUGCUCUAGCUCUGCUCUUCUCUCUCUCACCACAAAUAGUCGCCGACCGACUGCCAAUCCGCUCGCUCUCCUCUCUCGCUCAACAUGACUGACUGGGAAGCGGUGGCUCAGGCGGAGCAGCCCCGCUGGCGCAGGCAAAAGGAGCAGGAGGAUUAUUAAAUAACGCGGCUCGGCGGUGCGCCUGGGAGUGGAGAGAAGGAGCCCAACAGCCGAGAAGGGGAGGGAGGGCAGAGCAGGGGGUCCAGGAAAGACACCCCCGUGCCCUGAAGACCUAAAUCCCCGAGUGCCCGGGAGGAGCCUUAACGAGCGGCGUGGAGACCUCAAGGCUGCUAAGUUGGCUAUCACAGUGCAAGUUUUGGAGUCCCAAUGGGGGACUCUGGAUCAAGACGAUCUACCCUGGUCUCUCGGUUGCCAAUAUUCAGAAGAAGUAUUAGCAGAAGACAUGAUUCUCUUCCUUCUUCACCCUCCUCCAGUAAUGCAGUUGGUGUCCACAGUUCCUCCCCUUCCAGCACUAACUCAAGCUCAGGUAGUACAGGUAAACGCAGGAGCAUAUUUCGUACCCCUUCCAUUAGCUUCCACCAUAAGAAGAGCAGUGAAUCUAAGCAAGAACCUACCAACCAGAACCUUAGUAUUUCAAAUGGUGCUCAACCUGGUCACAGCAGUAUGCAAAAACUGAGUUUGGAAGAACAUGUUAAAACCAGAGGGAGACAUUCUGUUGGUUUUAGUAGUUCACGAAAUAAGAAGAUAACGAGAUCUCUGACAGAGGAUUUUGAAAGGGAAAAGGAGCACUCCACUAAUAAGAAUGUUUUUAUAAAUUGUCUAAGUUCUGGCAAAAGUGAGGGGGAUGAUUCUGGAUUCACAGAAGAACAAACCCGCCGUUCUGUUAAGCAGUCAACAAAGAAGCUGCUUACUAAAUCCUUUUCAUCUCACUAUAAAUUUUCUAAGCCAGUUCCACAGAGCCAGUCCAUUUCAUUGGUACAGCAGUCUGAAUUCUCAUUGGAAAUUACACAGUACCAAGAGCGAGAACCUGUAUUAGUAAGAGCUUCUCCAUCUUGUUCUGUGGAUGUAACAGAACGGGCAGGAAGCUCUUUACAAUCUCCAUUGCUUUCUGCUGAUCUUACCACAGCUCAGACACCUUCAGAGUUUUUAGCCUUGACUGAAGAUUCGGUGUCCGAAGCAGAUGUGUUUUCUAAAAGUGGAAGCAUGGCAUCCCACUGUGACAACGUUGGCCACAAUGAUUCUACCUCUCAGAUCUCUCCCAAUCCUGCUGCUGUCACAAAGGCAACAAUAGACCGGAUGGGAACUGUUCCCUGUGCAGUUAUGUCUCCUGGGAAAUACAGGUUAGAAGGACGAUGUAGCAUUGAAUCUAAUUCCUUACCAGAAACCUCUGCUGCUAAUCAGAAGGAAGUGUUAUUGCAAAUUGCUGAACUCCCUGUUAUGAAUGGGAGUGACUCAGAGACUCACCUAUCAGCAGAUGCUAAAGGAGAAGAGCAUAUGGUGUUACAAAACGGUGAUACAAUGUUGGUGACAAGCUCCCCAAGGAAACUUGGAUUUUAUGAGCAGCAUAAAGCAAUAGCUGAACGUGUUAAAGGGAUCCAUCCUGUAUCUGAUUCAAGGAUAAUACCUUCUUCUGGUGAUCGUCAUAUUUUUAACAAAACAUAUGGAUAUGAUGCGAAUCCUGUCAAAGUUCUUGCCAGUAGCCUCAGUCCCUAUCGUGAAGGAAGAUUUAUAGAGCGGCGACUGCGGUCCUCAUCAGAAGGAACUGCAGGGAGUAGCAGAAUGAUUUUGAAGCCAAAAGAUGGAAAUGUAGAAGAAGUUAAUAGUCUAAGAAAGCAAAGAGCAGGUUCAUCGUCUUCAAAAAUGAACAGCAUGGAUGUUUUGAAUAAUUUGGGGUCUUGUGAACUGGAUGAAGAUGAUCUAAUGCUUGAUCUAGAAUUAUUAGAGGAACAGACUCUUCAUCCUUCUGUGUGCCGGGAGGAGUCCCUCCACUCCAUAGUGCCGUGCGCCGCCGUGGUUCUCGCUCCGGUGGAGCCAACGCUGGAAAUGAAGAAAAGAGAAGAGCUGAAGCUUCCUGAACCUUCCAAACAGAACCUCUCACUGAAAUUAACAAAAGACAUUGAUCAGGAAGCCAGGUGUCCUCACAUCAGCCGAAUGCCCAGCAGUCCAUCUGCAGACUGGCCCCUGCCAGGUGUGGAAGAAAACGGAGGCCUAGAUUCUCUGCCGUUCCGACUGAUGUUACAGGACUGCACGGCCGUCAAGACAUUAUUAUUAAAGAUGAAGAGAGUUCUUCAGGAGAGUGCUGAUAUGAGCCCAGCAAGUAGCACCACGUCCCUCCCUGUGAGUCCUCUUACUGAAGAACCGUUGCCUUUCAAGGAUAUAAUGAAGGAGGAAUGUUCAGUGUUGAAGCUGCAGCUGAAAGAGAAGGAUGAACUCAUUUCCCAACUUCAGGAAGAGCUGGAUAAAGUAAAGCAUUUACAGAAGGCUUUUGCUUCAAGAGUAGAUAAAUCCACACAGACUGAAGUUCUAGGCUAUGAUGCCCUGUGGAAUCCUACAUGCACUGAAGGUUUAUUUAAACCAGUAUAUAUUUCAACCUAGGUUAAAUCAUUAUUUGACCAUAAGGACUCUAUCACGCAUCGGUGACAUAUUAAAUGUUGAAUAAAAUCAAUUUUCUAUUAUUCUAUAUAUUAGCUAUAUCUCAGAGUAUGUAAAUCAGAAAUGCUUCCCUUCCAAAUAUAUCACACAUUUGCUUUCGUACAGAAUUUCAUAAAAUGUUGAGGAAAGUUAUAACUAACAUAUUUCUACCUUAUUCUUGUACUUUUAAAACAAAACAGACUUUUAUUUUACACUUCUUUCUAUGUGCAACUAUUCUAGAAUGUAACAUUCCACUUGGCAGUACAUAUUUUUUGUUCAAAUUUCUUAUCCAUACCAUUUGUCUCUGUGGUUUUUGUCUUCAUUUAAUUUCACCACAUAUUCUACGUAUAUUGGAUUAGUUUGGAAACAGUGCUUCUAGUUUCCCCCAUCCUAGUGGAACAGUUUCUACUGAAGAACUAAGUUAUCUCUAAUUUUUUUUUUCUUGCAUUGAGAUAAAAAGAUGAAAGCAGGAUGUCUUCAAAUGGAAUAAUGAAGAAUCUUAUUCUGACUGUAGAAGGUCAAAAACUGUAUCACUAAACAAGUGAAGAAAGUUUAUUAGAUAGGGAGCUUAUAUGGUGGGAAAUUUCUUGAAUGUGUCAGAAAUGAAAGCCUAUCUCCUAGACUUGGCAUCGCCACUUGACUUUGGUUUGUCCCUUAUAAAUUGACUUUCUGUUAUAGUUCACUUUAAUUAUCAAAUAGCUAGGAAGCAACAAGGUACUCUUUGUUUUUGUUUUUUUUAAAUCCUCACCCGAGGACAU